AUGUGUGGCAUCAGAAAAAAACAGCAUUGCGGCUUGUUUUGAACGCCUUUUCUUAUGCUGUAUAUUUAAAAGGCCUUAAAGUGGAAUUUUCUACUAUGAUCAAGGGAUUGUAGGCAAUCUAGAUGCAAAUAACAGCUUGUUCAUAUAGUCUAAACAUUCCAUAUUAAAGCUCAAACCAGUUACGUCGUAAACAUGCUGCAUAAAUGUGUGGUAGGUGGUUGUCCGAACCGAUCGGACACCAUUAUUCAUUACAUAUUACCCGAGGAUCCGAAAAGACGCAGUCUGUGGUUAAAGUUUAUCGAAGACAGUAAAGGUGAUGGGGAAGACGCAACCUCUUCAUGCCGAGUGUGCGGGGAUCAUUUCUCUGAGGAGAACUACUUCAAAAUGGAUCUGGGUUACGCCACAUGCAUGAUACUGAGCGUGGAUGCUGUUCCUACAGUACAAGCUGUUAAUCGAUCACCUGAGCCAGAAAGGGAGAUACAGGAAGCAGAAGACGAUAGUGUGGAAGAUGACACAUGUAAAAUCACCAUUUCUGAGGCCGUUUCACUUGCUUGUGUCAAAGAGGAGCCUCUUGAAUAUGAGCUGAGUACCAACAUGACAUCUGGACAAGAGCUGAACUCCUCACGGGAUGAGAGUGUUAAAUAUGAAGAGAGUGAGCUAGCCGUUACUGAGGACGGCAUCUCGACUGUAAUUUUCGGGGUUAAAGAAAAUCAUGCCAGAAAGUGUAUCAACUGUCUAACUUGUGGCCAGAGGUUCCGUAGUAGACGCACCCUAAUGAAGCAUCGACGGGCUAAUCACGCUAAAAAUAAAACCGAAUCUGAAGUCAAAGAAAAGUUUUAUAUUUGUUCAAUUUGUGGGGAGAAGUUUCUUAAAAUGGGUCUCCUUUUGCGCCAUCGAGUCAUACACACUAAGGAGAAUCCAGAAGGGAGGUUUGUGUGCCAACAGUGUGGAAAGGGCUUCCCCCAUCAAGCUUUUUUGAAAGCUCACCAGAAAGUUCACGAGGAUGCGGAGUCGACCACGCCGUUCACAUGCCACUUAUGUCCCAGACGUUUCGGCUACAAAGUUGCUCUCGUUGCUCACAUGAAACAUCACUCAUCCAAACUCACAUGCAUCUGCCCCAUCUGUGAAAAGAGCUAUCAGUACAGAGGUUCCCUCAUUCAGCAUCUCAAAUCAUCUCAUGCUGGAGAGAAACUCUUGUGUAAGACCUGCGAUAAGGGUUUCCUAAGAGUCAACGGCUACGUCAAACACAUGGACAAACACAACGUGAUGACCCCGUUCUACUGCGACAUCUGCAAAAUUUAUUUUUCACAGCGAGGCUACACGGCACACAUGGCCACCCAUGAGCAGAAGAGCCUUUCUGAGCAGCAGCCUGAUGAGCGGGAAGAAGCUGAGAUAGAGCUGCUCAGUGAAGAUGAGAUGGAAGUUCUGUCUGGGAAUUCAGUGGAUCCAUCAACAGUCGAAGGUGUGGAGUCUGAAAAUGUGGUUGUGGAAAAGGAACUUCCCCAAGAUAAUCAUGAAGAGGAGAAGAAGAGUGAGGAAAGCUCUGGCACACAAUGAGAUCUCCAUCU